GCUGCCUACCACCAUGAAGCAACGAGCGGCUCUCGGGCCCGUGUUGCGACUGGCCAUAUUGGCCUUACUAGCUGUGAGCUAUGUUCAAUCGCAAGCUACAUGCAGAGAUUGCUCUAACCGAGGAUGUUUCUGCGUCGGAGAAAAAGGAUCUAUGGGAGCACCAGGACCACAAGGUCCACCUGGAACCCAAGGAAUCCGUGGAUUCCCAGGACCAGAAGGACUCGCUGGACCAAAAGGACUGAAAGGAGCUCAAGGACCCCCUGGACCAGUUGGAAUCAAGGGAGAUCGUGGAGCCGUUGGAGUACCUGGAUUCCCAGGAAAUGACGGUGGAAACGGACGACCAGGAGAGCCAGGACCACCAGGAGCCCCAGGAUGGGAUGGUUGCAACGGAACUGACGGAGCUCCAGGAAUCCCAGGACGGCCAGGACCACCAGGAAUGCCAGGAUUCCCCGGACCACCAGGAAUGGACGGUUUGAAGGGAGAGCCAGCUAUCGGAUAUGCUGGUGCUCCAGGAGAGAAGGGAGAUGGCGGUAUGCCAGGAAUGCCCGGACUUCCAGGACCAUCCGGUCGUGAUGGAUACCCAGGAGAAAAGGGAGACCGAGGAGAUACUGGAAAUGCUGGACCACGUGGACCACCUGGAGAGGCUGGAUCCCCAGGAAACCCAGGAAUCGGAAGCAUUGGACCAAAAGGAGAUCCUGGAGAUCUAGGUUCUGUCGGACCACCAGGUCCACCGGGACCACGUGAGUUCACCGGAUCCGGCUCAAUUGUCGGACCUCGCGGAAACCCUGGAGAAAAGGGAGACAAGGGAGAGCCAGGAGAGGGAGGUCAACGCGGUUACCCAGGAAAUGGAGGACUCUCAGGACAGCCAGGACUCCCAGGAAUGAAGGGAGAAAAGGGAUUGUCUGGACCAGCUGGACCAAGAGGAAAGGAAGGUCGCCCAGGAAACGCUGGACCACCAGGAUUCAAGGGAGAUCGUGGUCUUGACGGACUUGGCGGAAUCCCAGGACUUCCAGGCCAAAAGGGAGAAGCUGGAUACCCAGGAAGAGAUGGGCCAAAGGGUAACUCCGGACCACCAGGACCACCAGGAGGUGGUACUUUCAAUGACGGAGCUCCAGGACCACCAGGAUUGCCAGGACGACCAGGAAACCCAGGACCACCGGGAACUGAUGGCUACCCAGGAGCCCCAGGGCCAGCUGGACCAAUCGGAAACACAGGAGGGCCAGGUCUUCCAGGUUACCCAGGAAAUGAAGGACUCCCAGGACCAAAGGGAGAUAAGGGAGAUGGCGGUAUUCCAGGAGCGCCAGGAGUCUCUGGACCAUCUGGAAUUCCAGGACUUCCAGGACCAAAGGGCGAACCAGGAUAUCGUGGAACCCCAGGACAAAGCAUCCCAGGACUUCCAGGAAAGGACGGAAAGCCAGGACUCGAUGGAGCCCCAGGCCGCAAGGGAGAAAAUGGAUUGCCAGGAGUUCGUGGACCACCAGGAGAUUCUCUUAAUGGACUUCCAGGAGCACCAGGACAACGCGGAGCACCAGGACCAAACGGAUAUGACGGACGUGACGGAGUUAACGGUCUUCCGGGAGCCCCAGGAACAAAGGGAGACAGAGGAGGUACCUGCUCGGCUUGUGCUCCAGGAACCAAGGGAGAAAAGGGAUUGCCAGGAUAUUCUGGUCAGCCAGGACCACAAGGAGACCGCGGUCUCCCAGGUAUGCCAGGACCAGUCGGAGACGCUGGAGAUGAUGGUCUUCCGGGACCAGCAGGUCGCCCAGGAUCUCCAGGACCACCAGGACAAGACGGUUUCCCAGGACUCCCAGGACAAAAGGGAGAACCAACUCAGCUAACCCUUAGACCAGGACCACCAGGUUAUCCAGGAUUGAAGGGAGAAAACGGAUUCCCAGGACAACCAGGAGUUGAUGGACUCCCAGGACCAUCAGGGCCAGUCGGACCACCAGGAGCGCCAGGAUACCCAGGAGAGAAGGGAGACGCCGGUCUUCCAGGACUUUCAGGAAAGCCAGGACAGGACGGACUUCCAGGACUCCCAGGAAAUAAGGGAGAAGCCGGAUACGGACAGCCAGGUCAACCAGGAUUCCCAGGAGCUAAAGGAGAUGGCGGUCUUCCAGGACUGCCAGGAACUCCAGGUCUCCAAGGAAUGCCAGGAGAGCCAGCUCCAGAAAACCAAGUGAACCCAGCUCCACCAGGUCAACCAGGACUCCCAGGACUUCCAGGAACCAAGGGAGAAGGAGGAUACCCAGGUAGACCAGGAGAAGUCGGUCAACCAGGAUUCCCAGGACUGCCAGGAAUGAAGGGAGACUCUGGCCUCCCAGGACCACCAGGACUCCCAGGACACCCAGGUGUUCCAGGAGACAAGGGAUUCGGAGGUGUCCCAGGAUUACCAGGAAUUCCAGGACCAAAGGGAGAUGUCGGAAACCCAGGACUCCCAGGUCUUAACGGACAAAAGGGAGAACCAGGAGUUGGAGUCCCAGGACAACCAGGAUCACCAGGAUUCCCAGGACUUAAGGGAGACGCCGGUCUUCCAGGUCUUCCAGGAACCCCAGGACUCGAGGGUCAACGUGGAUUCCCAGGAGCCCCAGGACUCAAGGGAGGAGACGGUCUUCCAGGACUGUCUGGUCAGCCAGGAUACCCAGGAGAAAAGGGAGACGCCGGUUUGCCAGGAGUACCAGGGCGUGAAGGAUCGCCAGGAUUCCCAGGUCAAGAUGGACUUCCAGGAGUGCCAGGAAUGAAGGGAGAAGACGGUCUUCCAGGACUCCCAGGAGUUACUGGACUCAAGGGAGAUCUCGGAGCACCAGGACAAUCCGGAGCACCAGGACUCCCAGGAGCACCAGGAUACCCAGGAAUGAAGGGAAAUGCGGGUAUCCCAGGAGUGCCAGGAUUCAAGGGAGACGGAGGACUCCCAGGACUGCCAGGACUUAACGGACCAAAGGGAGAACCAGGAGUACCAGGAAUGCCAGGAACCCCAGGAAUGAAGGGUAACGGUGGUCUGCCAGGAUUGCCAGGACGUGAUGGACUUUCCGGAGUACCAGGAAUGAAGGGAGAUCGUGGUUUCAACGGACUUCCAGGAGAGAAGGGAGAAGCUGGACCAGCUGCUCGUGACGGACAAAAGGGAGAUGCCGGUCUUCCAGGACAGCCAGGUCUUCGUGGACCACAAGGACCAUCUGGACUUCCAGGUGUCCCAGGAUUCAAGGGAGAGACUGGACUUCCAGGAUAUGGACAACCAGGUCAACCAGGAGAGAAGGGACUUCCUGGCAUUCCAGGAAAGGCUGGACGUCAAGGAGCCCCAGGGUCACCAGGACAAGACGGACUCCCAGGAUUCCCAGGAAUGAAGGGAGAAUCUGGAUACCCAGGACAAGACGGCCUUCCAGGGCGUGAUGGCCUCCCAGGAGUCCCAGGACAAAAGGGAGAUCUUGGACAGUCUGGACAGCCAGGACUCUCCGGGGCCCCAGGACUCGACGGUCAACCAGGAGUACCAGGAAUCCGUGGAGACAAGGGACAAGGAGGACUACCCGGAAUCCCAGGAGAUCGUGGAAUGGAUGGUUAUCCAGGACAAAAGGGAGAGAACGGUUACCCAGGUCAGCCAGGUCUUCCAGGACUUGGUGGAGAGAAAGGAUUCGCUGGAACCCCAGGUUUCCCAGGACUUAAGGGAUCCCCAGGAUACCCAGGACAAGACGGACUUCCAGGAAUCCCUGGAUUGAAGGGAGACUCAGGAUUCCCAGGACAGCCAGGACAAGAAGGACUCCCAGGACUUUCCGGAGAGAAGGGAAUGGGUGGACUCCCAGGAAUGCCAGGACAACCAGGUCAAUCUAUUGCUGGACCAGUUGGACCACCAGGUGCCCCAGGACUUCAAGGAAAAGACGGCUUCCCAGGCCUUCCAGGACAAAAGGGAGAAUCCGGUCUUUCAGGCCUUCCAGGAGCCCCUGGAUUGAAGGGAGAAUCCGGCAUGCCAGGAUUCCCAGGAGCUAAGGGAGAUCUAGGAGCCAAUGGAAUUCCAGGAAAGCGCGGAGAAGACGGUCUACCAGGAGUACCAGGAAGAGAUGGACAACCAGGAAUCCCAGGAUUGAAGGGAGAAGUUGGAGGUGCUGGUCUUCCAGGACAACCAGGCUUCCCAGGUAUCCCAGGACUUAAGGGAGAAGGAGGCCUUCCAGGUUUCCCAGGAGCAAAGGGAGAAGCUGGAUUCCCAGGUACCCCAGGAGUGCCAGGAUACGCCGGAGAGAAGGGAGACGGAGGUCUUCCAGGUCUUCCAGGAAGAGACGGACUCCCAGGAGCUGAUGGACCAGUGGGACCACCAGGACCAUCAGGACCACAAAACCUCGUUGAGCCGGGAGAGAAGGGACUUCCAGGUCUUCCAGGAGCCCCAGGACUUCGUGGAGAGAAGGGAAUGCCAGGGCUCGAUGGACCACCAGGAAACGAUGGACCACCAGGUCUUCCAGGACAACGUGGAAACGACGGAUACCCAGGAGCCCCAGGAUUAUCAGGAGAGAAGGGAAUGGGAGGUCUUCCAGGUUUCCCAGGACUUGACGGACAACCAGGAGGCCCAGGAGCCCCAGGAUUGCCAGGAGCACCAGGAGCUGCAGGACCAGCUUACAGAGACGGAUUCGUUCUCGUCAAGCACUCCCAAACCACCGAAGUACCAAGAUGCCCAGAGGGUCAGACCAAGCUGUGGGACGGAUAUUCCUUGUUGUACAUUGAAGGAAACGAGAAAUCCCAUAACCAAGACCUCGGACACGCUGGAUCAUGCCUCCAAAGAUUCUCCACCAUGCCAUUCCUGUUCUGCGACUUCAACAACGUCUGCAACUACGCCUCCAGAAACGACAAGUCUUACUGGCUCUCAACAUCUGAAGCUAUCCCAAUGAUGCCAGUCAACGAGCGUGAAAUCGAGCCAUACAUCUCGCGCUGCGCUGUGUGCGAAGCCCCAGCCAACACGAUCGCUGUUCACUCCCAGACCAUCCAAAUUCCAAACUGCCCAGCAGGAUGGAGCAGCUUGUGGAUCGGAUACUCGUUCGCCAUGCACACCGGAGCCGGAGCCGAGGGAGGUGGUCAAUCACUCUCCUCACCAGGAUCCUGCUUGGAAGACUUCCGUGCCACUCCAUUCAUCGAGUGCAACGGUGCCCGCGGAUCUUGCCACUACUUUGCCAACAAGUUCUCAUUCUGGCUUACCACCAUCGACAAUGACUCAGAAUUCAAGGUGCCAGAAAGUCAGACACUCAAGUCAGGAAAUCUUCGUACCCGCGUCUCAAGAUGCCAAGUUUGCGUCAAGUCCACCGACGGACGUCAUUAAGUGCCUACUCACUUUACUUAGACACUACAUGUUGCAAUUUUUUGAUAAUAAUUAUCAUGAUCAUAAUGUGCCAAUAUACGCUUUUAAUUUCUUUAAUUUUUUUUCCUAUUUUGAAUUCAUUUUCUAUACUAAAAUUUUCAUAAAUGUUAUUAUUAUCUCUUCCUACCUAUAACAUUGUCUAGCACACCACUUAAAACUACUGCCUUUCUAAUCUCCCCACCAUUUCCCCCUAUCUUUGUGAUGUACACCUUUUUAAGAACCACCACCGCCACCACAAGUUUCUACAAAAAAAAAAACCAAAACUGCCAUCAAGUUUAAUAUAUCUCCUUUCUUACUUUCUUGUUUGUUUUGUAAUCCCAUAAUGUAUUUGACAAUGUUUGCUUUCAAGCUUUCACGAAAAUCAAUAAAAUCAAUUUUCAAACAUC